GGCACCUAUGCUAUUGGCAACAAAAUAGGCUACCAACAAAUUAGGCCGAUCCAGUACCGGUAACUGCCAGCUUGCAUAUAAUAUUCUGUAAAAUAAUAUAGCUGACACACAGGCGUGUCGCAAAUGCCACAAACCAAGACAUCCAAAGAGAUCGAGUACAAUGGGCGUACCGGUAGUGGCGAUGCCAAUUGUUCUGCGACUCGGAAGAAAUGCACCAGCAAAGCCCAAAAUAACUCGGAAAACAAGAGCAAGAAUUCCGACGCGGAAGCUUUCACUGGCAACGGCCGUCCAAGCUCCGGCAACCGCUCAGUCACCCGCCUCCAGACCGCUGCAGCAGCAGAGGGGGCCUAUGAGCUCCUCGGAGAAGCUGCCAAACGCUGCGAUCAAGUGACCCGCUAUAACUUGCUGGAGCGCGUAUUGGCGGGAGUUGUUGACGACGACCUGAGGGAGUCGUUUAAGGGCAAGCAGGGCUGGAUCUACAUUUACAGGCACAAACCUGGCAAGCCCAGCGAGUUCAAGAUCGGCAAACAUGUUGGGCCUGACCCACGGGACCGCAUUCGGCAGUGGGAGAAGAAAUGCGGCCGCGAGAUUGAGCUGGUCCGCACAUGGGAAGUGGCGUUCGCCCGCACCACCGAGCUAUUCAUAGAGACGGAGCUGAAGGGAAUGGAUGACGUGUGGCUCGGAUCAAGGGUGUGCAGGGGACCGGAGGACUCCAAGUGUACUGCCCACCACCGGGAGUGGUACAAGGCCAGCAAGCAGAAGCUGUUCCAGGUGAUCAGUUACUGGGUUGACUACACGAACAGGAUGGUUGACGAGCUGCUGCUGACCCGUGAGUGCACCAGAAUGGCAAAAUUAACAAUCCAGUGAUGCCCAGCAGAACCGCCACGGUACCGGUAGGUUGCGGUUCCACAGGUACGGUAUGUGUCCACCUUACGCGUGGGUGGGGUAAAGAGGAAAAAACUAACUGACUGAGGGAUAGUCGGUGGGGAGCCUGCUGGUUCGUUUUGGCUGUGGGGGCAGGUAGCGAACGGAAGAACAGCAUGCCAGACCGGGUCGGUGACCUGGACAUGCGGGACAGGCUUGGAGCUGAGUAUCUAAGGGGUGUAUCCGCUUGCAACAGCCCUGUUUGGUGCCCUCAGCAAGGCUGGAUGCUGUCAGCGCGAACCUACCGUUGGUUCGUUUUAUCGUUAGGAUUGUUACUUGUUAGAGAUCUGGUGACGCUCUGGGCUUGCUAAAUCAUGGCCCAGCUAUACUGGUGUUAUUAUUUUUAGUAUCUCGCCGCACUGGGGAGACCGCUGCUGAUGCUGGUCAUGCGUGCUGCUGCUUAAUAUGUAUGUAUAUACAAAAAAAAAGCGUUUUGGCGUGGCUAAAACAUGUUCAAUAUGUUAAUUGCUGGCAUCGUGUGGAAGGGUGCCUUAGGCCCGCCACCACGAGAUAUCUGGUUGGCAUUGUGAUUUGGUUAGCUAAGGAGAAGACAUGUAUAUAUGCACUUUAGCAGGCUUGCUUCCAGUUCGUUCCGCUUUUUGCCGUACCUUAUUACAGGAUGUAUGUUAGUACUGGGGUUUUACGCAGGAGGUUAACACAUGUGACCCACGGGUCAGCCUGUACGGGAGUACCAGAGACUAAGCUAUCUAUUUCACAUUUAUCGUUGUACAGCAUGCGAAAAAAGGGGUGAAGAUAUGGGAGAUGCGUGCUUUUCCUGGGUUCCUUAUUUUCUGGGUUCCAGGAUAAAUAGUAGCAGUCAUGCUACGAUCUUAAGUCAUCCGGCAGUGUACUCGGCUGGUUUCAGUCAAACCAAUCCUUGAGAUUGUACACGUGGAAACUAUUGUAACAGUAACGGUAACACA